CCUAUAAACUAGAAAGGUAGAGUAGGUGAAGAAACGGCUUUAGGGCUAUUGACUUUCCAAGAACCGAAACCCAGGAUCAGAUUUAUCUCUUUCUCUGUUUCUAAUGUUCUGAUCCGAGUCUGACAUACUAGUCUUACCUCUUUCAUCUUUCUAACAGCCAUGGCUGCCAAACUGUUGGGUGGACCUUUCCUCUCGCUUAUUUCAUCCCUUGAACAGCUAUUUGACUGGAUUGCUUGUGGGGAGGUGGUUGAAUUCGUUCGUGAAAAGAAACUAGAAAGUGAAAUUAACAAGUUGGAGAUUACAUUAUCAUCAGUUGGUAGAAUUGCGUAUGAUGCCGAGAAGAAGCAAAUGACAGACAAGGCCGUAAAACAAUGGCUUCAAGACGUCAACGACGCUGUCAACGAUGCAAAAGGGUUGGUCUAUGAAAUCCACACCGAAGCAUUAGGUGAAUCCGAACACCGUGGAAGGACCAUCGGAGCUGGAACCAGCAGAAUUCUCAAGAUUACUAGUAGACAUCCUCCUAAAAGAGGACUAGCAACAAUAUACAACAGAAGAAUUCAGGAAAUAUUGCGGAUUAAAAGCGAAUCUAGAUCCGGUUCCAGUGGUGAGAAAAAACAAGAACACCACCACCAGAGGAUACUGCAGAUUCUUAACAGGCUAGAAUUUAGUGUCAGACAAAAAGAUGUGCUUGGUUUGAGAGAAGAUGUUGAAGUUGGAACAACAACAACAACCACGUCAUCGGAAACUACUAACACUGCUACUGCUGCUACAAUGGAGGUGGAGGAGGAAGGGGAAGAAUCUUAUUGUAUUUAUGGAAGGGAUGCUGAUAGGAGAGCCGUCAUUAAGGCGUUGUCAUCUGAUGAUGGAGAAGAAGGUGGCGAUAAGGUAUGUGUAAUUUCCAUUGAGGGCGUGAGUGGAAUUGGUAAGACCACUCUUGCUCAGCUUGUCUACGGAGAUAUUGACACUAUCAAACGUUUUGAUAUCAAAGCAUGGAUAACUGUGUCCAAUGACUACAAUCUUUUCACCUUGUUAAAAGCAAUUUAUGAGACGGUCACUGGUUUGAAAAAUUGCCGUAUCCAGAAUAUAGUUGAAUUUCAACUUAAGUUGGAGGAGUUUUUUCGAGGGAAAAAGAUUCUUCUUGUUCUUGACAAUGUUUGGGACAUGACAUUUCCAGUCUGGUAUUUGUUUAAGAGGUCAUUUGAAUCUGUAGUAUCUGGAAGUAAGAUUGUUGUGACGACACAAGAUAAAUAUAUUGCAUCAAAUUUUGGUACUAGUGCCCCAACUCAUUGCCUUCAACUAUUAUCCGAGAAAGAUAGUUGGCGGUUAUUUUCAAGACAUGUUUUCAAUAAUAAUAAGGUAAAGCCACAUGGUCUGGAUAAAAUUGGUAGGCAGAUAGUUAAAAAGUGCAAUGGUCUUCCUUUAGCAAUAAAAUUGCUUGCUGGUCUUCUGCGUACUGAAAUGAAUACCACUAGUUGGAAUAAUGUACUGAAGAACGAGGCAUGGGGUUUAUCUCGUGAACAUUGUAAUGUUCUUGGGGCUCUAUGGCUGAGCUACUGUUAUUUGCCUCCACAUCUCAAAAGGUGCUUUGCUUACUGUUCAAUUUUUCCCAAAGGUUAUGAAUUUCAAAAAGAAAAAUUAAUUUUAUUAUGGAUGGCAGAAGGUCUUUUGCUUCCACAAAACGGUAAGAUGCUAGAAGAAAUUGGAGAGGAGUACUUUGUUGAUCUAACAUCAAGGUCAUUCUUUCACAAAAGUAAAUUUUAUGGUUUUACUAUGCAUGACCUUGUGCAUGAUUUGGCUCAACUUGUAUCAAGAGAAUAUUGUUCAAGGUUGGAAGACAAUUACUCGGGAAUCCUCUUAAGGGAGAUUCAUCAUUUAUCAUGGACAGGAGAUGAGCCAAAUAGUAUCUUGAAGUUAAAGGAUGUAUCUAAAACUAAUAUAUUGCGCAGUCUAGUGCAAGUGGAUGGAUCAUAUGGAUUGAACAAGAAGUUCUUGAUGCCUAAAGGAUUGCAAAAUUUCCAGUACUUAAGAGUGCUUUCUUUGCAUCGAGUUGAUGGGGUUACAAAGUUGCUUGAUUCAAUUGGCAAAUUGAAGCUUCUAAGGUAUUUGGAUUUAUCUUGGACUGAAAUUAAUGAAAUACCUAAUACAAUUUGUUGUUUGUACAAUUUGCAGACACUAUUAUUACAGUAUUGCAGUAAUCUUAAUCACUUGCCAGAUUCAAUUGGCAAUAUGAAGCAUCUAAGGCACUUGGAUUUGUGUAACACUCAAGUCGAAGAGAUUCCGGAUGAAAUGUGUAAUUUGCACAAUUUGCACACUCUGUUAUUGGGAUCCUGUAGAAAGCUUACAUGUUUACCAAGCAAUAUGGAAAGACUGAUCAACUUGCACCACUUGGAUAUUCGUGACACUUCUUUAAGACAGAUGCCACUGCAGAUAUACAACUUGAGAUAUCUGAAGAUAAUAGGUGAUUUUGUUGUAGCCAAUAACAGUGGGUCUGGUAUUGAAGCGUUGGAUGAGCUCCGAGAUAUGUGUGAUAAUCUUAGUAUUAGAAGCCUUGAAAAGGUAGCAAAUGUUGAUGAUGUUUCACAGGGCGUUCUAAAAUACAAGAUGUGUAUUACUGAUCUGAGUUUGGAAUGGGAGGAUGAUACCAGCGAUUCACAGAAAGCACUGGAGGUUCUUAAUAGACUUAAAACACUCGUAGAUCUUGAGCAACUAUCUAUUAUAAAUUAUGGUGGUAUAAGCUUCUCAGAUUGGGUGGGAGAACAUUCAUUUUCCUGUUUAGUAUACUUGUGGCUAAGUAAUUGUAGAAAAUGUUACAAUUUGCCACCACUUGGACAGCUACCAUCUUUGAAAUCCCUUAGCAUUGAUGGAUUUGAUAUGGUGGAGAGUAUUGGUAAGGAAUUUUGUAUCAGUGGUUCAUCUACAGUGGCUAAACCAUUCAAGUCUUUAGAAAAAUUGAGUUUCAAAUUUAUGCCGUGGUGGAAGGAGUGGUUAUGUCUGGAAGGUGAAGUUUUCUCACAGCUUACGGAGCUCCAUUUAAUGGAUUGCCCAUCCUUGAUGUUAAAUGCUACCUGCUUCCCUGAUUCCCUUCCAUCCUUGACGUAUCUUUGCAUCUCAAAAUGCCAACUACAGGUGGUGGCUUCAUUCCUAAGUGUUCAACUUCCAUCACUCAGGUCCUUGUACAUAGGUUAUUGUCCUGAGUUGGAGUCAUUUCCAGAGAGGAGAUUACCCACUAAUAUACAUAUUAUUGAAAUUUGUGGGUGCGAAAAUCUCAAGUCAUUUUCAAAAGAGGGAUGGCCUCCAAAUUUAAAAUCACUUUCAAUUGGCAGUUGUGGAAAGCUGUUUGCAUCCAACAUGCAGUCGAACCUGCAAACACUCACCUCUCUUACAUCUUUAGACAUCAGCUGCAUAGAUGAAGUGGUGGAUUCAUUUCCAGAGCUAGGCCAACUUCCCGACACUCUGACUUCUCUCACCUUAUGCCGUCUUCAUAACCUUAAAUCCCUGAAUGGCAAAGCCCUUCAACAGCUUACCUCCCUUGAAGAGUUGUCAAUUUCAUAUUGCCAGCAGUUGCGAUGCAUGCCAGAAGAAGGGUUGCCUGCCACUCUGAGUUCUCUUCAUCUGAAUUGUCUUGAUAAUCUUCAAUCCAUAAGUGGCAAGGCCUUUGGACAGCUUGACUCCCUUAAAAAAUUGUCAAUUUCAUACUGCCCGCAGUUGCCAUGCAUGCCUGAAGAAGGGCUGCCUGCUUCUCUUUCUCAAUUGACUAUUGACUGGUGUCGUUUUCUAAAUCCAAGGUGCCAAAGAGAGAUAGGGGAGGAUUGGCCCAGGAUUGCUCACAUCCCUCUCAUACGCAUAAAUCCAAAAUUGAUAUGAUGCAGUGUGUACAAGCAUGUCCUUUUCUAGAAUUUUUCUGGUGAGGCUACCUAGACAGUUGAGAAUUUCUUUCUUUUAUCCAUACCAGUGCUUGUCGGGAUAAGGGUUUUCCACUUCUCUUUCUCAUUUGACUAUCUAGCUAUAAAUGUCCUCUACUAUGGCUCAAUUCGAAACUGAUGCGAUCAGCAUCAAACUGAUGCGUCCCUGCUUAAUGCAUUAUCUUUGAAAGAAAGGUCCCCAUUUAUGUUUUCCAGUCCAAAAAAAAUUUCAGUUCAAUGCUUUUAUUCUUGAAGCGUCAUACGCUAUGCUCUCAUUCUCAUUGGAGGUGGCUCACAUAUAGAAAAACCACCAACUUCAAUCUAAGAACUUGGACUUCUUCUGCAGGAGUUUACGGAUGGUUAAAGCAUAUCACAGCAUGGGUUUGAGGUUCCAGUUCUCUCGUGUUAGGAUCAGGAUUAAGUUGGCUAUCUGUUAUAUCACAUCAGCUGCAUAGCUGUCUGGGAGGCAGCAACUUAUAACAUAAUUGCUCCAGCUUUUGAGCAACAAAUUCAGUGCCAAAUCCAUUACCCAAAAAAAAAAAAGAGAA